GAGUCGAGCCGGUUCCGCCGCUCGUCAUCCGAGUCCGGCGGCGCGUCGGGCCGCUUUCCCCCGCCGAGCUCGGAUGGAAUGCCAAGCCGAACGCGGGCCUUGCUGGGGAGGGAGGGCGCAAAGACGAGAAAGGGAGCGGGGAUGUCCAAAGCAUGCGGAGGGAGAGGGAGACGCGCCGGGGGCCCGCCCGCCGCAGACGUCGGGAAGCCGUGCAGACGGGAGCGUGCGCAUUGCCCCCCCCACCCUUUCGUCGAUUUGUAUAUGAAAACAUUGUGCUUUUUCUUUCUCCCCUCGACGCUCCCCCUUUCCACUUCUUGAGUGAUCAGCUGAUGAAGAGACUAGCGACUCGCUGCUAUGCGGGCUUGCUAAUUCUCUCCCCCGCCGCCAUCACCGCCCCACUGGAUCCUGCAGACCGCGCUCAGCCGCAAGCCGGCGGGAAAAUGGAGGCUCUGGACCGCGGCGACCCGAAGAAGCGCAAACGCCACGAAGGACGCCACGAAGGACGCCACGAGGAGCCGCCGCCGCCGCACGACGGCGAAAAAGUCAAACGGAAACGAGGGCGACCGCCCGCCGAGAAGCUGCCCCCGAAUCCGCCCGAGCUCACUCGGCAACUGGGCGCGCUGGUGGACAUGGUGCUCAACUACAAGGACAGUUUGGGGCGACAGAUCAGCAAAGCUUUUGUCCAGCUGCCGUCCAGGAAGGAAGCCCCCGAGUACUACGAACUCAUCCGAAAGCCCGUGGACUUCCGACGGAUCCGAGAGAGAGUGCGAAAUCACAAGUACAGAAAUGUGGGGGACUUGGAGAAAGACAUCGCGCUGCUCUGUCACAACGCUCAGACGUACAACCUGGAAGGAUCUCAGAUGUACGAGGACUCCAUCGUCAUCAAGUCCGUCUUUGAGAGCGCCCGGCUGAGAAUCGUGGCCAACCACGAGCCCGAGCGGACGCUCGUCGUCGUCGCCCCCGCCGCCCCCGCCGCCGAACGCCCGGAAGGAGCGCCGGAGAACGAGGAGAGGAGUCGGAAUCCGAGGGCCAAAAGGCCGCCGCCUUUGCACCGAGUCCGCAAUGUGGAGGAAAACUCCGCCAAGGAUGAAGGUUGAGCUGUUGUUGCGCCGAGGUCUUGAAGUCGAGUUGUAUGUCUGUCAAUUGUUAUUCCCAGCCCCCCCCCCC